UCGCACAAUGGUGCAAGUGAGCUCACCAAGAGUUUCUAGUGGGAGUGCGAGCCAGACCACCCUGAGAGCCGCAGCAGUGAGCUCCUCAUUACAAGAAAGCGAGUGAGUGGUGGAGAGGAGGUAGCACAGAUGUGUAACGAAGUCAAGGUGAUUGGGAAGGAAGACCAAGGAAGACCGAGAGAGACUGGUCGAGGAGCUCAGAAACACAACAGGGUGCUUUCAAGUGGAGUUUUCUGUUACAGCAAGCCUGGGGAUGCAGUCAGUCCUGAUGAUACCUUAUAACAGACUAAGGAUCAUGAGAAGAAUGCUGGGACCUAACAUCAAAAUUGCUUCUGAGAAGAAAAUGAGAGAAGAAAAUGAGAGCAGAGGCAGAGUCACUGGCAGGGGUUGAUAACCUUAAGUCUGAGCUUGUUCCAUUCACAUUCCCUGUCAUGGAAGACACACAGUUGAGAUUAAAAACGUUCCCAUGUGCAGCACCCCAAACCUCUGGGAUAAGAUUGAAAGUAUGCUCAACUUUAAUGAUGAUGCAGAGAGAAGAGUGCACCGACUAACCUGGCACGAAGGGAGGAUACCCGAGAAUGAAAUCUGGGUAAAGCUGUGUGGAGACAAGGGAGGAGGGAGCUUCAAGAUGAGUUUUCAAAUAUGCAAUGUUGAUCACCCCAACUCCCCUGUCAACACCUGUGCUUUUUGCGUGUUUGAGGCGCCUGAUAACAUAACAAACCUCAAAAUUGCACUGGAGCGAUUUCAGGAUCAGGUGGACAACCUUCACAAGAGAACAUGGAGGUACAACAUGGAGAGGAAACACAAUCCGGGUCUUCCUAAGUGGCGACUAUGAGUUCUUGUGCUAUAUGUUUGGGCUGUCAGGUGCUUCAGGUAAAACUAACAACUUAGUUAUACAUACCUUUCACACAAAAAAUUGAAUAGGUCGACAUAACUGCUUGUGGUGCUUGGUGACAUCGGACCAACUGAAGAACCCUCCCGCCAAUAUUCCGAGCAGAAGUACUGAUAGUAUCGUACAAGAUCACCAGAGAUUUCUUGCAGCUGGAGGGAAACCGAAAAAUGUGAAAAAUUUCAACAACUGCAUCAGAGAACCAUUCUUUAAGGGUAUUCCUUUGAAUCAAGUAAGACUGCUACACUGUAUUAACUCACCCAUGACUUUAUUCCUAAAAUGAUGUUGAUUUGCCCACCAGGACUCCACAUAACUCUAGGCAUAUUCUAUCGCCUCUUCCAGUUGCUAGAAGAUGAGUGCCAUGUGCUGGACGUGGCUGUUCGAGAUGAGGAGGAUAGUUGCGACAAGGGGGGCCCCAGUUACUCCAACUAUGUGGGCGACGUUACUAGAGCGAGGAUCCUCAAAGAUGAGAUAGACAGGGCAAAUGAACAGAUCGAUCAACUCAAUGAUCUAAUAGCCAUAUUCGUACUGUUUGGUGAGGAUGAGGAGCUGCAAGCCCUCCGCUCAGAGUUAGAAGAAAUCGCUACGAAAGUAAAUAAACUGGACACUGAAUGGACCAAAGCAAAUGCAUUAACAACAAAGCUGUUCAAGCGAGAGGACGGUCCCUUUGUAAAAGCCCUAGAUAUCGCACUAGAUGGCUUCAAUGUGCGACGACAGGCCUAUUAUGGAGGAACGUUUGUGGGAAACCACGUCCACCUCAAGCCUGAGAACACGGUGACUCUCUGCAAUGCGGUGUUUACAGCAGGACAUUAUCGUCCUGCUAUCAUGCAGCGAGCUGAGAGGAUACACAGGAAAUAUUCUGUGGUGUUUGCUCUAUUCCACAACUGCGAUGAAUUGUAUAACAAGCCAUACAGCAUAACUGACAAAGAAAUUGCUCUUCUAGGCACACACAUCUCUACCUUCAUGAGCUUUUAUCGGGAGCAAUUUCCCGAUGCAAGUGUGAUUCCCAAAGUGCACAUGCUUGAAACGCAUGUGGUUGACUGGCUUAACGAGUGGCGAGUGGGAUUGGGAUUGAUGGGAGAGCAAGGAGCUGAGUCCAUUCAUGCCUAUUUCAACAAUAUAAAGGCAUCAUCCCGAAUGGUGUAGACAGAUUAAGAUGCAUGAUGAGACAGCACUUCGUACACGUUGCACCAUCAACCAUUGCAUGCAGACGUCCCCCUCAAAAGAGGAGAAAGACCAAAUUAUGAUUAUUUUUUAUACAUAUAUAUGUACGUACAUAUGUAUGUACGUACUU